UCCAUACAAAAAAGGCAAAAAAGCAAACAUAAACACACAUAGAGUGAGAAAAGAAGAUGGGUGUUAACGAUGGUUUCAAGAUGGAUAAUCAACAUUUACAAGAUGAUGAUGAUGUUCCACUCCCUGGAUUUAGAUUCCAUCCUACUGAUCAAGAACUUGUUACUUUUUAUCUUCAAAGAAAACUUGAUAAGAAACCUAUUUCCAUUGAUCUCAUCAAACAAGUUGAUAUCUACAAAUAUGAUCCUUGGGAUCUUCCGAGAUCUAGUGUACAUGGAGCAGAAAAAGAAGGUUACUUCUUUUGCAAAAGAGGGAGAAAAUAUAGGAACAGCAUUAGGCCAAAUAGAGUAACUGGUUCCGGAUUCUGGAAAGCAACAGGAAUAGAUAAAGCAAUAUACUCAAAUGGAGGAGAAGGAAAUGAUUGCGUUGGACUCAAAAAAACACUUGUUUACUAUCGUGGUAGCGCUGGCAAAGGCGCGAAAACUGAUUGGAUGAUGCACGAGUUUCGUCUUCCGUCUAAUAUUACCACCAACGCAAAUCUUGCUCAUGCUAAGAAUGAUAAUGAUGUUUCUCUUGAAGCAGAAAUUUGGACAUUGUGUAGAAUUUUCAAAAGAAAUGUAUCACAAAGGAAGCAACAAAUGGCAGAGGUGAAACCGUUAGCUUACAAGAGCGCCAGAAUGAGCAGCAAUAUGGAGUUCAUGUUAAAUCAACAAACAUACAUCAAUUUUGGUCCAAGCCAUGAAGAUCAUCAUAAUCAGGAUAAACCAGUGUUACCAGUAAAUAGUUAUACAAGUAGUGGUCAAAGAAAUCAAUUUUAUAUGAGUCAGUUGACCUCUUCAGAUGCACAGCAACCUCAACAAAUUUUAAUACCAUCUUCAAACUUUUGGAUUCAGCAAGCUGCAAAUGAGCUAUUAUCAUUUGAUAAUUGGGAUGAGCUUGGGUCAGUUGUGAAGUUUGCUGUUGAUUCACCUAGUUUGUAAAUAGUGAUGGCAAUGGCAUGUGUUGUUGGAAUUUAAAAUAGAUUUAGAAAUCAUUGAUAUAUUAUUGAUGGUGUAACUUUUACAAUACUUGUUGACUUCACUAAUACAAAAAUAACCUUUUAGGAGAAUAUUUUUAGUUGGUUGUCUUGUCUGUCCACAUGCUUUACAAAAAUGAAGUGGUGAUAAAUUUGAAAUUAUUGAAA